AUGUGCCCGGAUAUCAGCCACCCCCAAACCACGGAGGCCUACAUGGAGUACCUGAAGAGCAUCACCCUCAUCAUGCAGGCCCUGCAGGAAGAGGCGGUGGGGACAGAGAGCAGUGAGGGUGUCACACCCGACACCCCGAAGUUGCUGAAGCUGGCAGAGCAGUGCCUGGAGAGGGUCAAAUCCAUUGCAGCAGUGCUGGGGAAAGCCCAGGUGAAACCGGCUGUGCAGGAGAGGGGAGGGGGCCCUGCCCCCCUGCCCAGGCACCGCCGGGUCUGCUCAGACGAGGGGGGGAAGCUCUCGCCCUUCCUGCCCCCGGAGAUCUUCCAGAAGCUGCAGAUUGCGGAGGCACAGAGUGCUCGGAAGGAGCUGACCCCGCUGGAAGAGGCGUCUCUGCAGAACCAGAAGCUGAAGGCGGCCUAUGAGGCACGGGUGGCACGGCUGAACCCCAGCCAGGCCCUGCAGAAAACAUCCCUGACACUGUCCCUGCAGCGGCAGAUGAUGGAGAACCUGGUGAUUGCCAAGGCCCGGGAGGAGACUCUGCAGCGCAAGAUGGAGGAGCGGCGGCUGCGGCUGCAGGAGGCAGCAAACCGGAGGUUCUCCAGCAAUGUGGCCCUCACCCCUGAGGAGCAGGAGCAGCGAGAGCUCUACGCUGCCAUCCUCGAAUACGAGCAGGACCAUGACUGGCCCAGGCAGUGGAAGGCCCAGCUGAAGCGGAGCCCGGCAGAUCUCUCCGUGGUGUCAGGGCUCUUCUCCUGCCUCCUCAGCUUCCCGAAGCAACCCUCCUCGAGCUCCUGCGUGCGGCUGCAGUGCACGGUGUACGCCCGCCUGUACCCUGCUGUCAGCCAGGGCCCCACUGACGCCUCCCCCGCCUCCCCCUCGGGCCUCUCCUUCCUGUCACUGGAUGUGGGGGGCGCGGGGGGCUCCUCCCUGCCUGCUGAGCCGGGGGGUCGCCGGCUCCGCGCCUCUCGCAGCCUGCACUGCAUGUUCUCAGUGCCUGAGCACGGCCCGGCUGCGCUGCGGCACAGCCAGUCCAGCACCCCCCUCGCUGACGCUGGCACCCUGGGGCCCGCAGGGGCCCCCCAGACCCCCCGGGAGAGCUCCUUUGAGGACCUGGAGCGGUUCCUGGCAUCCCCCGAGGGCUGGGCCCCCACGGAGCCCCCGGCUGGCCCUGGGCAGGACACGGCGCUGCCAGAGCUGCUGAAGGGCAUUGUGAGAGACAUCCACAACGCCAUUGACAGGCUGCUGGCCCUGACCCUGCUGGCCUUCGAGGGGCUCGGUACCACCGCCAGCAAGGACCAGUGCCUGGCCUGCCUGGAGGAGGCCUUCUUUCCCCCGCUCUGGGCCCCGCUCCUGGCCCUCUACAGGUACCAUGACCCACCCUGGGCUGCCAGGCCCGCGGCAACCACGGCAUGCCACCCCGCCGACAAUGGGCUGGCCUCCCGCCUCUUCCCCACGGCCCCCGGCCGCCCCCCCUACGCCUCCGCAGUGCAGGACCUGCGGCUCAUCCCGCUGGAGACCUGUCCCCGCAGGAAGCUGGAGUGCAUCGUGCGAGCCCUGCGUGGCAUCUGCGAGUGUGCUGAGGAGUACUGCGGUGCCCGGGACACCCGGACCCCUGCCUCGGCCGCCAUUGGGGCAGACGACCUGCUGCCCAUCCUGUCCUACGUGGUGCUGCAGACAGGGCUGCCCCAGUUGCUCUCCGAGUGUGCUGCCCUGGAGGAAUUCAUCCACGAGGGGUACCUGAUCGGGGAGGAGGGGUACUGCCUGACGUCCCUGCAGAGCGCUUUGUCCUACGUGGAGUCCCUGCAGUGA